AUGGCUGACUAUGACCUUACCAAGAAGAUGGUUUCAUUUUUCGAUCUACAUUUGGUUAUACCUUUGCUAGAGUUUAUCGAACCUCGGGACAUUUAUAAUCAUGACUCAUUAAUCCAAGUACAUCGCCGGGUGUUGUUAAAAACAAAUAUGAUUGAUAGCGUUAUUGAAACAUACCCAGAUGGAGAAGUACCAAAGGAACUAGAACUGCGGAAAGCUGAAAUUCUCAGCCAGCGUGAAAAACUUAAAGUCAAGGUGGAUCCGGUCGUGGAAAUUUUGGAAUCAGAACCUGUGAAAGCGAUGAUGGAUAGCCGUGAAUUGACGAAUAAUCGUAUUCUUGAAUAUGUUAUCGCCAAUCAUGGGUUUACGGAAGAAAUGCUGGAUUCAUUGUUUCGAUAUGCUAAAUUUCAAUACGAAUGUGGUAAUUAUUCAGCUGCUUCAUUGUGUCUUGAUUAUUAUCGCAAUAUUGUUCCUCAGCAAAAUCCCAACUAUUUGAGUGCAUUAUAUGGUAAACUCGCAUCCGAAAUAUUGUUACAGGAAUGGACACAUGCGAAGGAUGAUUUGACUAAGUUGCGAACUUAUAUUGAUUUUAACCCCUUUGACACUGAAUUAGAAUCUGUGCAACAGCGUGCAUGGUUGAUGCAUUGGGCAUUAUUUGUUUAUUUCAAUUAUCCCAAGGGGCGAGAUGAGAUCGUUGAAAUGUAUCUCAAUCAGCAGCCGUAUUUAAACACAAUACAGGUUGCUUGUCCCCAUCUUUUACGUUAUUUGGCUGUGGCAGUCGUUACAAGUAAAUCAAAGCAGAAGAACAGCUUGAAAGACUUGAUCAGAGUUAUCGAUAUUGAACGACAUAAUUAUGAAGAUCCAGUGACUGAUUUUUUGACUUGUCUUUACAUCAAAUACGAUUUCGAUGAAGCACAAAAAAAGUUGAGGCAGUGUGAAGACGUUUUAUCAAAUGAUUUUUUCCUAACAGCGUGUUUGGACGAUUUUCGUGAUAGUGCUAGGUUGUUGAUAUUUGAAAUGUUCUGCAGAAUUCACCAGUGUAUUUCUAUUCAUAUGCUUGCAGAACGUCUCAAUAUGCAACAGGUUGAAGCAGAAAGAUGGAUUGUUGAUUUGAUUAGGACAUAUCGUAUUGAAGGGGCCAAAAUUGACUCUAAACUUGGACAGGUUGUAAUGGGUGCCAAGACCACGUCUGUUCAUGAACAAGUUAUGGAAAAUACAAAACGAUUAACUUUUCGUGCUCAACAAAUCGCUCUUCAGUUAGAAAAAAUGAAAAUAGACAAAAAGGCAUUUAUUUUUCCGUUUUUAUUGUUGAAUGUUGUAAAAUUCAAAUAA